GCCGCGGCGGCCGCUGCUGCUGCUGCUGCUGCUUCUGCCGCCGCUGCCGCCGCCGCUGCCUGGAUAUAGUGCGGCAAGAGCGGAGCUUGCAGUCACUUUGCGAGGAGGAGCGCGCGGGCUGCGGGCGGCUGGGGCACCCCGGGAGCGGCGGCGGCUCUAGCAGAGGCGGCCAGGGCAGCGGAAGGUUCUCUCUCUCCAGGGCUGGACUUAAUAACUUUGAAACUGUCCACCGGUGUCACGUCCUGAACAUGAGCCUCCUCCUCUCCUUCUACCUGCUCGGGUUGCUUGUCAGUAGCGGGCAAGCUCUUCUUCAAGUGACAAUUUCACUGAGCAAAGUAGAGCUUAGUGUGGGAGAAUCUAAAUUCUUCACAUGUACAGCAAUUGGUGAACCUGAGAGUAUAGACUGGUAUAAUCCUCAAGGAGAGAAGAUAAUUUCAACCCAGAGGGUAGUGGUGCAAAAGGAAGGCGUUAGGUCACGACUAACCAUUUACAAUGCAAAUAUAGAAGAUGCAGGGAUAUAUCGUUGUCAAGCAACAGAUGCCAAAGGACAGACACAAGAAGCUACAGUAGUUUUGGAAAUUUACCAAAAACUCACUUUCAGAGAAGUGGUAUCUCCACAAGAAUUCAAACAAGGAGAGGAUGCAGAAGUUGUUUGCCGAGUUAGCAGCUCACCUGCUCCUGCUGUCAGCUGGUUGUAUCAUAAUGAGGAAGUCACCACUAUUUCCGACAACCGGUUCGCUAUGUUAGCAAACAAUAAUCUGCAGAUUCUCAACAUCAAUAAGAGUGAUGAAGGUAUAUACAGGUGUGAAGGAAGAGUGGAAGCCAGGGGAGAAAUUGACUUUCGUGAUAUCAUUGUUAUUGUUAAUGUGCCGCCGGCAAUCACGAUGCCUCAGAAAUCCUUUAAUGCCACAGCAGAGAGAGGAGAAGAGAUGACAUUUUUCUGUAGGGCCUCGGGCUCUCCUGAACCCUCCAUUUCCUGGUACAGGAAUGGCAAGCUCAUUGAAGAAAAUGAAAAGUACAUGUUGAAAGGAAGCAAUACAGAACUCACUGUCAGAAACAUAAUCAAUAGCGAUGGGGGCCCUUAUGUCUGCAGGGCCACAAACAAGGCAGGAGAAGAUGAAAAACAGGCAUUCCUUCAAGUCUUUGUACAGCCUCACAUAAUACAGCUUAAAAAUGAGACAACGUACGAGAAUGGUCAAGUCACACUCAUAUGUGAUGCGGAAGGGGAGCCUAUUCCAGAAAUCACUUGGAAAAGAGCUAUGGAUGGCAUCACAUUUUCUGAAGGCGAUAAGAGCCCAGAUGGCCGUAUUGAAGUCAAAGGGCAGCAUGGAAGCUCAUCACUGCAUAUUAAAGAUGUGAAGUUGUCAGAUUCAGGGAGAUAUGACUGUGAAGCUGCAAGUAGAAUUGGAGGGCACCAAAAGAGCAUGUACCUUGAUAUUGAAUAUGCUCCCAAGUUUACAUCAAACCAAACAAUUUAUUACUCUUGGGAAGGAAAUCCUAUCAAUAUAAGUUGUGAUGUGAAAUCAAACCCACCAGCAUCAAUCCACUGGAGAAAAGAAAAAUUAGUCUUACCUGCUAAAAACACCACCAAUUUAAAGACAUACAGUAUAGGAAAAAAGAUGAUAUUAGAGAUUGCACCUACAUCUGACAAUGAUUUUGGACGAUAUAAUUGCACAGCCACUAACCGCAUAGGAACAAGAUUUCAAGAAUAUAUUCUUGCUUUGGCUGAUGUGCCAUCCAGUCCCUAUGGAGUGAAGGUUAUAGAGCUGUCACAGACCACAGCCAAGGUUUCUUUCAACAAACCGGACUCCCAUGGAGGUGUGCCUAUUCAUCACUAUCAGGUGGAUGUCAAAGAAGUGGCGUCAGAAAUCUGGAAAAUAGUACGCUCCCAUGGAGUUCAAACAAUGGUUGUUUUGAGCAACCUGGAACCAAAUACAACUUAUGAAAUCAGGGUUGCAGCUGUAAAUGGAAAAGGACAAGGAGACUACAGUAAAAUAGAAAUUUUCCAAACAUUACCAGUCCGUGAGCCAAGUCCUCCAUCCAUACAUGGACAGCCAAGCAGUGGGAAGAGCUUUAAACUCAGCAUCACCAAACAGGAUGAUGGAGGGGCCCCUAUCUUGGAAUACAUAGUGAAAUAUAGAAGUAAAGAUAAGGAAGACCAAUGGCUAGAGAAAAAAGUUCAGGGAAAUAAAGAUCACAUAAUUUUGGAGCAUCUACAGUGGACAAUGGGAUAUGAAGUUCAAAUUACAGCUGCCAACAGAUUGGGAUAUUCUGAACCAACAGUUUAUGAGUUCAGCAUGCCACCAAAGCCCAACAUUAUUAAAGACACACUUUUUAAUGGGCUUGGGCUUGGAGCAGUCAUUGGCCUUGGAGUUGCUGCACUUCUGCUAAUCCUAGUGGUAACAGAUGUCAGCUGCUUUUUUAUUCGGCAAUGCGGGUUAUUGAUGUGCAUCACCAGGAGAAUGUGUGGAAAGAAAAGUGGCUCCAGUGGCAAAAGUAAAGAACUGGAAGAAGGAAAAGCUGCGUAUCUGAAAGAUGGAUCAAAAGAACCAAUAGUGGAGAUGAGAACAGAGGAUGAAAGAAUUACUAAUCAUGAAGAUGGCAGCCCAGUAAAUGAACCAAAUGAAACCACACCACUAACAGAACCUGAAAAAUUGCCUUUAAAAGAAGAAAAUGGGAAAGAAGUUCUAAAUCCAGAAACUAUAGAAAUUAAAGUUUCUAAUGAUAUCAUCCAAUCGAAAGAAGAUGACAGCAAAGCAUAACGACAAUAUUACAACAGCUUGAACAACACUACAAAGAGCAUUUGGAUUGCAGUGACCCUAUGACCAAAACUAUUCCAUUGACCUUAAUUUCUUGGGAAACUUCUAGCUUGGAAUAGCUUGUACACAUAUACAUACGAUCAAACACUCCUGCCCAUGGUCUAUUUCCUUUUGUUGUUGUCGUUGUUGUUGUUAAUUUUGUUAAGAAUUUCAAUAUAGAGACCUGACUGGCACCAACUCUUGGGUAUUUAAUUUGAUUCUAUGGCUGACGUACUGCAAUUUGUUAUAUGGCUAAAGUGCUCUAUUUCUUAAGAACUAUAUUUCUUAAAACCAACAAAUAUAGUUCAACGUCUCUAACUAAUAGGGGCUUAAGAAAAAAAAAAAAAGAAAAAAAAGCUUUGUGAGCUACACAUGUAAAAAAAGCCCUGCAUGUUUAUGGACGUAUCUUGGGCAAAUAGAUUCCUAAAGUGGCUUUUAGCUUAAGAUGAAAGCAGUUAAUAAAGAUUAUACUUUUUAUCAGAGGAAUUUCAGGGAAUACGGGCUUGAAGGAGCCAGUGUCUUAAGCAGAUAUUAAAAAUUGAGAAGAACUUUGGAGAAUUCUUUUCAAGUUAUUAUUCAGUACAUUUUCAACAUUGAUUUUUGGUAGACAGAAGUGCCAGAUCAAAAUUGCUACCCAUUUGAAAGAAUAUACAUUGUGUGUAAAAUUAGAUUAGAAAGAUUACCUAAAUCUCUCUUUAUAUGUGUCAUAUUCAUUCAUCAUGGAUUACACAGAAAAAUAAAUGUAUUGCAAGUGAAAAUGAUAUUGAUUUCUGCCCUCAGCUUCAAAUAAAAUAAAUUGAAAUGGGAACAACAUCAAUAUGGUGUCUUGAUAUAUUUAUAAAUAUGUGAUUAUCAUUUAUUUUUAGAAUAAUUUAUCAAAAAAGUCAUUAAUAUUCCAAGACUUCAAAUCAUAUCUUCAGACACAUUUUUAGCUCAUAGUUGUAGGUAAUCUUUAAGAGCUAAUUUUCCCAUUGUUAUAGUUCCAUCAUUACAUAUAAUUGGCUAAUGGAAAUUAUAAAUUUAAGAUUGGUUAAAUUAAGAAUAAAUUAUUUAACAUUUAAAUGUAUCAUAAAAGUGUAAAUGAUAAAUAAUUGAAUUGCCACUCUGUGUUUUUUUUCUGGAUGUUUUAGCUAGAAGUCAUUUUAAGAUUUUGAUAAACAAUUUUGGUUGAAGAAAUUCCUCAAAUAUUCAAAACAAACUUUCUAAUAUCACUUGAUAGGUAGGGCCUAUACCAGAAUAAAAUAUUUAUUAACUUCCAAGCUAUGCAAGCUCCCAGAGGUAAAAACUGAAACAUGCUUUAACUUACAUAUAAAGUUUUAAAAAGUACAUAUGAUUAUAAAUACAGAUACCAAUUGGGAGCAGGUUUUAGAUUAUUUCUUAACCUAGAAAGCCAAAGGUUUCUUUAGGUCUCAUCACAUUUAGAACCUUUGGUGUUCCAGGCAUAUUAUAGCUCAGAUAUUGACUAGUUGGAGAAUGGGUUCCAGUAGAACAUUGGGGGAACUUUUAACAGUGAAGAGAUACCUGGUUUAGGAGUUUUUCUCUGUAAAGAUAAUUUAAUGAUUAUUAAAUGUAAUAUUAAUGGCACUCAUGAAUAUUUUUAUUUACAAAGUGCUUGAAAUUGUCAGCCAAGAAGAGACAAUUUUAUACCAUUUCUCAUUUUUUUUCCGGCUGACUGCAAGACAGACUAUAACCAUCUGCAUGUUAAGGCAACAAGUCACCACAGUGUCUUUGCCAUACACUGCAGUGUUAUAAUGCAGGAAUCUCUUCUUGCUAUCUGUCUGGCAGAUUCUGAUGAAAAGAACAGAAUUCCUGUGCCUACCUAGGGAUUUGAGUAGUGUCUAAGCAAAUAAACCGGUUAGGUCAUUUUAACUAACUUGAUCAUCCAACUGGUCUUUGAUAGUUUUGACUGUUGCUAUUUUAGUUUAUGUUUGUCUGAUCAUCUCUUUUGCUUUAUUUUACUGUGUUUUCAUUUGUUUUGUUUUGUAUCAAUGUACUAAAACUUGUCAAAAUACUUGAAUUAGUUUAUUUGUGCAAAGUGAAUAAGUGUAGUAAAGUGUCCGUGAAGCAAUAGCCAUGAAUGCUAAUUUUUCCUAGAUAGGGACACAUGGUUUUCAACUGAAGAUGGUGAAAGAAUUAGGAUGACUGAGAAAAUGAUUCCACAUGUUUACCAUUGUUAUAUUUGUGCUUUACUUCGAGAGUGGAGAAAUCAUAAUAAAGAAGAAAAUAUUUUUGUGUUUUCUCAA